AUGAAGAAGCCUGGGAGUCCUACUUCAUCCCAAGACAAUAUAUCCUAUAUGUCAGAUUUCAUGUAUUUUCAUGAAAGUGAUGCAGAAUUAACACCCAAAAACAGUGAGGAAGAGAAAGAAAGGGAGAAGAAGCACACCAGUUUUACUUUAUGCAAUGUAUGCAACAUUCAAUUGAAUUCUGCUGCUCAGGCACAAAUCCAUUAUCAUGGGAAAUCACACCAGAAAAGAUUAAAACAGCUGAGCAAUGGAAACCUAAAAAACAGUUUUGGAGGUACAUGCCAGAGCCCUGCUCUUCCAACCCUGGUACGAUCUUCAAUCCCCUCCUUGCCACCAUCAUUGGAUCUCAAACCCUUUCUUCCAUUCCCACUGGACACUGCUGCAGCUGUCAAUCUCUUCCCCAACUUUAAUGCUAUGGAUCCAAUUCAAAAAGCUGUAAUAAAUCAUACAUUUGGGGUUCCUCUUCCUCACAGAAGAAAGCAAAUCAUAUCUUGCAACAUAUGCCAAUUGAGAUUUAAUUCAGAUAGCCAGGCUGCGGCCCACUACAAAGGCACUAAACAUGCCAAGAAGCUCAAAGCACUGGAAGCCAUGAAACAUAAGCAGAAAUGUGUAACUACCAAGGACAGCGCAAAGACUAUCUUCACUUCCAUCACUACCAAUACCAUCAAUACCAACUCUGACAAAACAGAUAGUACAACUGAAGCACCAGCAAUAUCAACAUCUCCAGCUAUAGAAAUUCGGAAGAACAGUGUAAUUAUGACUGAAAUCACCUCAAAAAUUGAAAAAUUUCCCUCCACUGCCACCAGCAGUAGUGUGAGCUCCUUAGGAGAGACGGAAGAAGAAAAGGCCAAACGGUUGCUUUAUUGUUCACUAUGCAAGGUUGCUGUCAACUCUGCCUCCCAGCUAGAGGCACACAACAGUGGCACAAAGCACAAAACUAUGCUGGAAGCUCGUAAUGGGAGUGGAAACAUCAAAGCCUUUCCUAGGACAGGGGUCAAAGGAAAAGGACCUAUCAAUAAAGGAAACACAGGACUUCAGAACAAAACAUUUCACUGUGAAAUUUGUGAUGUGCACGUGAAUUCUGAGACACAACUUAAACAGCACAUAAGCAGUAGAAGGCACAAAGACAGAGCUGCUGGAAAACCUCCAAAACCCAAAUACAGCCCCUAUAACAAACUCCAAAAGGGAACACACCCACUUGGGGUCAAACUUGUAUUUUCAAAAGAAGCUGCAAAAUCAGUAGCUCCACGGAUACUCCCCAACCCACUGGCAGCUGCAGCAGCAGCUGCUGCUGUGGCUGUAAAUUCCCCUUUCAGUCUUCGAACAGCCCCACCAGCUACUCUUUUUCAGACUUCUGCACUUCCUCCAUCACUUCUUCGACCCGCCCCUGGACCUAUACGGACGACUCACACACCUGUCCUGUUUGCUCCAUAUUGAACUCCAUCAAUGAAUUAAGUGUACUGCAAUAAUUUUUCAGAACAAAAGCAAAACAAGGACAAUGACCUAUGCAGUGUUAAUUUUACUGUGUGUGCGCACACACACACACACACACACACACACACACACACCACUUUUGAUAGAGCUCUUAAUCAA